GCGAUCGUCUUGCUCGAAAGCAAGGGCUUAAAUGCCCACACUUAUUUUUUAUUUGGCUGAACUUGGGCUCGAUCUUCUUAAUUUGAUUGAUCAAUUUGGAAAUUCGAGAAUUUAGAAAAAGGCGCUCCCCAGCCAUAACACUGCCGCGCAUUCGUGAAAUGACUGAGCCGCGAGAUCCAAAGCGCGCGCACGCUGCAAUUGAGUCCUAUCUCUCUGCUACAAAACGUAUUUUUCAAAACAUCGAAUUGGACAUGGACAACCUCAGUGACAUUUUUGGAGCAGACACUGGCGCAGUGGACUACUUGCGCUGCGAUAUUUACGUUCAAUCGGCGGGUGACAGUAGUGGGUGCCCAAUUGAGACAGAUAUCGAGAAGUUGCGUUCAUGGCACGCGCGCAUAUAUUCUGUUUUUACAGAAAAAACCGAGGCAUAUGUGUGGAACAGAGAACCGCUAAGCCUUUUUGUCAACACUCGAAGCAAGGUGCCGUGCAUUUCGGGACAGAUGGUUCACGGUGAUUCUGUCAGCGAUGAGUGGCUGGUUGUUUGGCUCCUGCACGAAAUGACAAAACAAUUCCCUGAAUUAAUUGUCAGCGUCCGCGAUUCUGACGGUGAGUUUCUGCUGGCAGAGGCAGCAAUGCAUAUUCCUUAUUGGAUCACGCCCGAAAAUAGUCAAAACAGAGUUUUUAUAUUCAGAGGCCGGCUGCACAUUGUUCCUUUAUCCGCGGCCAGCACUACCAAGCUUCCCGACCCAGAGCACAUUUUGCUUCAGGACGCAUUGAGUGCUGUUGUUUGCCCUAAUGUGUCAACAUAUGCAACUGUCCUGGCAGAAAGGGCAGCAUUUGCCCGGCUGGAAGAGUUUCCCGACAGUAUGUUGCAGAACUUGCACACCGCGCGCUGUAAACUCCCAACGGCUAUUGCCCGCUUGCUCGCUUGCAACCCUCAGCUGAUAGCCGCUGCCACUGAGAUGUUUUAUGGCCGUGAUCCGGUGCAGCUGAAGGAGUGCCAGAAGAUGGAGGGAUUCUCGCCUGAGCCCUCGGUGACGGCAAUGGUGCGCUUCAACCGUGUCCAAUACGCCAAGCUGGUUACUCAGAGCAUCGGCGCACUCGCUGCGUUCAAUAUUCUCCCCGAGAAGUCUGCAGACCACAAGGCUAGCCUUUUGGGAACAAAAAUUGCAUGUGGCUUUGAGAUACUGAAUCGCGAGGGAGCCAGGCAUCCGUCAACAUCCAAAUUGCAUGUUCAAUCUGGAAAUGAGCGUAAAAUAGGCAUGAUUUAUUGCAUGUAUAUCUGCGGGGGGCUAUGCGUUUUGCUUAUUUUAUUUGGCAAAUCUGAAUAAGCAGAUACGCCUGCCUGAUGGUGAUGAUGAUGCUGUUUCUGGUAUUGCGACUUUUGAUCUUUGGGUUGGCCUGAAGUACUCAUAUGCCUGUUUUGUCAGCUUUACAUGUGUCCUGUU